CUUUUUUUAACACGUGCCAGAAUUUCUUCAUCAGCUUCGUUCUUCCAUCUUCCUCCUCCAUAAACUUAGAACCCUAAAAACCCCCCAAAUCUUUACUCUCAUCAGUGUCAGAUAUUCCGGUCGAGCAUUCGGAGCUUCCAUGGCCGACUUUCGCACCUCAACUCACCGAGCCAAGUGGAUAUUCACUCCUCAGAUUCUGGCUGAACGAUACAAGGCCGCUAAUCAAAGAGCUAUACAGACUCUGGAGAAGUAUGGAGCAACGAGAAUGGAAGUGGAUGCUGAUGGAUCAUUAUUGUAUCGCGAAUCUCAAAUAAAUUUGAAUGCGGAUAAGCAUUCCCGUCCAAAAGCUCUUAGUAUUGAAGAAGAACAGUUUUUAAGGAUAUUCUACGAGAAUAAACUACGAGAAGUUUGCGGAGCUUUCUAUUUUCCUCAUAAGAUUCAGGCAACUGCUCUAAUAUAUUUCAAGAGGUUCUAUCUGCGGUGGUCAGUCAUGGAACAUCACCCAAAAGACAUCAUCUUAACCUGCAUAUAUACAGCUUGUAAGAUAGAAGAAAAUCAUGUAUCUGCAGAGGAGCUUGGUAAGGGGAUUUCACAGGAUCAUCAAGUGAUUCUCAAUAAUGAGAUGCUUGUUCUUCAGAGUUUGGAGUUUGAUCUCAUUGUCUAUGCACCAUAUCGUUCAGUUGAAGGUUUUAUUGAUGAUAUGGAGGACUACUUUAGAGAAAGUGAUGACCAGCUUCAAAUGCUGAAGGAAGCUGGAAAAGCAGAAGUUGAUAGAAUAAUGCUCACAGAUGCACCCCUCCUGUUUCCUCCCGGGCAGUUGGCAUUGGCAGCACUUCGUCGCGCUAAUGAGGCAAACAGAGUAAUCGAUUUCGAGAGAUACUUGGAAAACAUGCUAUCACAUCAAAAUUCCUUCCAUGCUUUUCAAGAGCUCAACGAGAAUCUCAAUGAGAUAAAAAUGCUGGUAAAAGCAUAUGAGUUUCCUUCUGAUAAGGAUAUGAAGCAGAUCAACCGAAAAUUGAGAUCUUGUUGGGGUCUUAGCUCAAACGAUGAUAGCAAGAAGCGAGAAAAGAAAUCAAAGCACAAGUCCAGGCACACUUCCACUGAAGCACAAAAUGGGUCAUCUCUCACUUGAGGGUUAAUGUUGAGUAAGCUGUCUGCAAAAACUCGUUUCUGUGCAAGAAAGAAAGGACUCUUGCAUGGCAAUCUCCACGGGAUCGAAUGAGCUCUCAAGCAGAGCAAUGAUCCAACUACAUGAGCGAAUUCAUGUACUAUACAAUUGAAUAUUAUGAUUUUCCAGGAAGCUACAGAAAUUGUCAUUCGAUCUUAAUGAUAGUGGGAAGAGUGUUUUCAUGUUGUGCUUAUGAUUUAAUAGCCAUCUCCGUUGGCUUAGGAAUUUCCAGUCUUUUCGAGCUUGAAGGCGCUCAAUAGUAUUGCUUCCAUGGAAAUACUGUUUCCAAUCUUCUGGCCU